AUGGUCGUCAUCGGUCAAGAGUCAGACAAGUCGCUCGUCGCAGUCGCGCUCGUCUUCAUCAAGGCAAACUUCGUGUUUGCACUCUUCGGUGCUGUAAUCGUUCGCGCUCUACUGAAGAACACAUACAAUGGUCACACCGAGCUAGACCAUAUCGCGCUCCACCAGAAAUACGGCCCAGUCGUACGAACAGCGCCCAACGAAGUCUCCUUCGCAUCACCGAAUGCAGCCAAAGAUAUCUUCGCCGUGGGCAAGGGCUUCCACAAGACAUGGUUUUAUUCAGUGUUCCCACCCAAACACGCGCCAGAUAUCUUCACUGAAGUCCGAGAAUGGAAGCAUGCUCAGAUGAAGCGGUUUGCUGUGACGCCGUACUCGUUGGCGCAGAUGUCGAAGCGGAACCCGCAGAUUGAGGCCACGAUAAUGACAUUGAUGGGCAAUUUGACAAAGUAUGCAGGCGGGAAGCAGAAUUGCAAUCUCGGGAACCUGCUGCAUUACUUUGCGUUCGAUGUCCUCGGUGAGGUCGCGUUCUCGAGACGGUUCGGCUUUCUGGAGCAAGAAGUUGAUGUCGAAGGGUCGAUCAAGAAUAUAGACGAUGUCCAGUGGUACGACGGAAUCGUCGGACAGAUACCAGAAUUCGACAUUUUGUUUCGCAACAAUCCAAUCCGUCCAUACCUUCCGUUCUGGAAGCCAGAGCCCACAACGAUGACUCGAAUCGCAGUUGAGGAGCUCGAAAAGCGAAAGCAAGCCGAUGGAACAUAUGACUCCACCGGCAUCGAUCUGUUGGCGGAGCUUCUUCGAAACCAUGAGGGCAACAAGGACAAAUUCAGUAUCAACGACGUGUUUAGUAUCGCUCAUGGCGCAAUCUUCGCCGGAUCAGAUUCGACCGCCUCGACGAUGCAGUCGUUCUUCUACUGCGUACUCAACAAUCCCGCCGUGUACAAAAAGCUCCAGAAAGAGAUUGACGACGCCCAAGCUGCCGGCGAGCUUUCCGAGAUAAUUCAAUACCCGGAAGCGAUGAAGCUGGAGUGGUUCCAAGCCUGUCUGAAGGAAGCUAUGCGUAUUCGCCCUGCCGUCGGUCUCGGGAUCUACCGCGUGAUUCCACCCGAGGGCGCCAAGAUCGACGGACAAUUCUAUCCUGGCGGAACGGAAGUCGCAGUCAACGGCUGGGUACUGCACCGUGCGAAGGACGUGUUCGGAGAAGACGUCGAGACAUAUCGGCCGGAGAGGUGGUUUGAAGGUGAUGCGAAACUGAUGAACAGCCACAUGUACCAAUUCGGUGGUGGCAGCCAUCUUUGUAUUGGCCGGAAUUUGGCGCUUUUCGAGAUGAACAAGACUCUGAUUCAAAUAUUGCGGGAGUUCGACAUCAAGCUGGUUCAUCCGGGGAGGCCACUCGAGUAUCACUCGACUUUCUUCGUCGUUCAGGAAGGACUUGAAGUGUACCUUGAGAAGCGAGCCAGAUAG